AUGGACGAGAAACGCCGUGACGUCGCAGCUCUGCCACCGUCCAACGCCGCCAAUUCCCCGGCAUCGGAGCCGGCUUCUUCCAGACGCCGUGCCGCCAAUCAGAAGCGGAAGGCCAACGCUCUCAACGCCUCCAAUUCUUCGUCUGCACCUUCCAAACGCAUUACUCGUGACAAGGCUUUGCCACCUCACUCUUCUUCUAUUCACAAUGGCCCCUUGACUAGGGCUCGUCAAAUCCCUACCAACCUCUCCGAUUCCGCCGCCACAUCGUCUUCGGCGCCUGGCGGCUCUUCUGCUUCUGCCCCCGCGGCGGUGAAAUACUCCGAACGUGCGCCGCCUAAUGGAGCUUUCGGUGGAGACUCCGUGCUGCUCGCGGAGGAACACAACAAGGAGAGCAAGUGGGAGGCUCUGGAUGCUGCAAUUGAAGCUCAAUUUGAAGCUAUUAGAUCUCGUGGUUCCAAUGCUCACGUGGUUCCGACUCAUUGCGGUUGGUUUUCAUGGACUGAUAUCCAUCCAAUUGAGAAACAUACAUUAACUUCUUUCUUUAGUGGCAAAACUGAAAAUAAGACUCCUUCUGCAUACAUGGAGAUACGGAAUUAUAUUAUGAAGAAGUUUCAUGCAAACCCAAAUGUACAGAUUGAAUUGAAAGAUUUGUCAGAGCUUAAUGUUGGAGACUUGGAUGCUAGGCAAGAGGUAAUGGAUUUUCUGGACUAUUGGGGUUUGAUUAAUUUCCACCCGUUCCCUUCUUCGGGUUCUGCCGUGGCCAGCGCCGAUGAUGAUGGGACAGCAGAAAAGAAUUCCUUGCUUGAAAAAUUGUACCGCUUUGAAAGUAUGCAAUUCCAGCCUAGUGUUCCAAAGGCUAGCCUAUUGACUCCAGCUAUGAACUCUGGUUUGUUUCCAGAAUCUACAAUUGCUGAAGAAUGGGUGAAACAGGAGGGAGUUGAGUACCACUGCAACUCUUGUUCUGCUGACUGUUCUCGCAAACGCUACCAUUGCCAGAAGCAGGCAGAUUUUGAUCUAUGUACCGAUUGCUUUGGUAAUGGAAAAUUUGGCUCUGGCAUGUCCUCUCUGGAUUUUAUACUCAUGGAGCCAGCUGAAGUUCCAGGGGUUAGUGGUGGAAAGUGGACUGAUCAGGAGACCCUCUUGCUCCUUGAAGCACUGGAACUUUAUAAAGAAAAUUGGAAUGAAAUUGCAGAACAUGUUGCAACAAAAUCGAAAGCUCAAUGCAUAUUACACUUUGUCCAAAUGCCAAUUCAGGAUGCCUUUGUUGAUUGUGGUGAUGAUGUUGAUGCCAGUUGCAAAGAAACUGCAGAUCCAGUUACAACUAACAGUGACUCAUCUGUUGAGAAAAAUGCUUCAGAAUUGAUUAUAAAUAAGACUGGUGAUAGCAUUGAAGGCCAUGUGCUGACUGCACAUGACGAAACUUCUAAGGCUGAAGAUGUGAAUCAAGUGAAAGAUAUUCAGGAGACUCCAAAGCUAGAAGAUGUUAGUGAUAAGAAAACUUCUGAGGGAACUUCUAAAUCAGAAGAUAGCGUUAAAGUAAAAUUUGGUCAGGAAACAGACAAAGACUAUGUUCUGAAGGCUCUUGAGGAAGCAUUUGCAGCUGUUGGUUAUUCUCCUGGACCCCAAAACCCAUCUUCAUUUGCUGACGUGGGUAAUCCUGUCAUGGCACUGGCAGUUUUCCUUGCACACUUGGUAGGUUCUGAUGUGGCUAUUGCUUCAGCUCAUAGCUCCCUAAAAUCCAUGUUAGUAAAUUCUGCCAGCACUGAGCUUUCAUCAAGGCAUUGCUUUCUUUUGGAAGAUCCACCAAUUGAUAAGGAACCAACUAGUUCUGAGAGUAGGGAUUCUAAAAUGGAGGGAGACCAGGAUGACAGAAAUACAAAACAGGAUAAAUCCAUGUUAGAUGAUAAAGCUUUAUCAAAUGAUCCCAAUGAUAGGAAAGUUGAAGAUAAUUCUUUAGAAGUUAAGAGACAGCUGGCUUCUCCAGAUGACGAAGCCUCAGAAAAACCAAUUGCUUUAAAGGAGCAAGCAGUGGUUAAUCACGAGGAGGUUGUGCUUGAUAAUUGUAAUGAUCCCAGCAAUUCAAAGUUACCUAAUGAUCAAGAACUAAGUACUGUACAUGAUUCAGAUGGUUCAACACCCAGGGCUAAAAUUCCACCUAUCUCUGAGGAAUUAGGAGAGGGAACUUUGGUUAAAGAAACUUGCCAGCCAAUAGAAGAUCUAAAGGAUGGACAUGUGCCUGACGCCCUUCCCUCAGAAAAUAAGUUUCAGCAGUCAAUUAAAUCCAAUCUUGUAGAAGAGCAUCCACAACCUGUAGAGACACCAAAGGGUGCUACUGAUUUGGUGUCUGAUUCUAUGCCCUCAGAUAAGAGCAAGCCUCAAAAACUGAUAUCUAGAAAUCCAGUUGUUGAGUCUCUGGAAACAACAGAUUCAGUAAUGGAUGUUGAUUUGGUUUCUAAUUCCUUGCCAUCAGAAAAGGACGAAUCUCAGGCACGAGUUACAUCAAUUUCAUCCCAACAUACUGGGACAGAAAAGGAUGUAGAUAUGAUUUCUUCUUCUGUGCCCUUGGAUAAGAUUAAACUUCUACAUCUUGUUAAAUCAAAUUCUGGGGCUGAAAAUGGGCGUAGCACAGUGGCAGGUGAAGACCACACAGAAAAUGGCACAAAAGUGAAAGACAAUAGUAAGAAGACAAAACAUGAUAACAAUUUAGAGAAAGUGAAACAUGCUGCGGUUUCCACACUUGCUGCGGCAGCAGUAAAGGCAAAACUUCUAGCAAAUCAGGAAGAAGAUGAAGUCCGAGAACUUGCUUCUUUGUUGAUAGAAAAGCAGUUGCAUAAGUUGGAAACAAAGUUUGCCUUUUUCCAUGAUAUGGAGAACGUGAUGAUGAGGGUAAAAGAGCAUUUGGUCCAGUCACGGCAGAAGCUUUUCCAUGAGCGUGCUCUAAUAAUUGCAUCCCGGCUCGGUUUACCAGCUUCCGCAUCUAGAGGUGUACCACCGACCUUACCAAUCAAUAGAAUUCCGAUGAAUUUUGCAAACUCAGUUCCAAGACCUCAAAUCAUCUUGAAUUCCCAAAGGCCACCAUUUUCUAGGCCUGUGGGUACUAUAGCUCCUACUCUUCCCAGCUCGUUAGCAUCCACAACUGCAGCAGGAAGUUCAGUUCGGCCAUCCAGCCAGGAAAGCCUUUCUUAUGUUGGGACAAAAUAAUGUGGAGUACAGAUUAGGAAAAGUUCGCGUAUUCAUACUUACUGAUCAUCUGCCAUCACUUUGACAAUUCAAUAUUUUCAAGGUAAAGCGCUUUUUAGGACUAACUACAAAUUGACAAUCACUGGCAAUUCAGUGACCAGAAUCAUGCACUGCAAGGUCAUCUUUUCCCUGAUAUAAGGAGCAACUGCAGAUGAGAGGAUGAAAUAUACAUAUAUUGGAAUUUGAAUUUGUAGAGCUAAUGGCUUUCUUAAAUUUUUUGAGUUGUUAAGUGCUAUUCACAGCUACAUUCUUGAGAAGGUGCAUACUGAAAUUGGAAUUAUUUUUUGAAGAAUGUGGUUGUCUGGCAA